AGUCUUGAAGUAGACAACGAUUGUUCACAAUGAACAGGCUCAUUUUCUUCUCUGUGCUGUUCUAUGCAGCAUUUCAUACUGGUGACUGCAUCACGGGAGGGCAAGAGGCUAAAGCACACUCUCGCCCGUACAUGGCUUCAGUUCAGUGGAAUGGAAAACAUGAAUGUGGUGGCUUUCUGAUCUCCAGUCAGUGGGUCAUGAGUGCUGCACAUUGCUUUCAGGAUGGGAGGACAUCUGGUGUUAAGGUUGUUUUGGGUGCUCACUCGUUGUCUGGAGCCGAGGACACAAAGCAAACUUUUGAUGCUGAAGUAUACAACCAUCCUGAUUUCAGCAUUAGCAACUAUGACAAUGACAUUGCCCUGAUUAAGUUGGAUAAGCCAGUCACUCAGAGCGAUGCAGUCAAACCAGUGAAAUUCCAGCGUGAUGAGACGGCUGACCCUAAAGAAGCUGCUGUUGUAGAAACGGCUGGUUGGGGCUCAUUGAACAACAUGGGAGGACGACCUGACAAACUUCAUGAGCUCAGUAUCCCAGUAAUGGAGCGAUGGCGCUGUGGCCGUGCUGACUUCUAUGGAGAGAAGUUUACCAGCAACAUGCUCUGUGCUGCAGACAAAAGAAAGGACACCUGUGAUGGGGACUCCGGCGGUCCUCUUUUAUACAGAGGCAUUGUUGUCGGAAUAACGUCUAAUGGAGGGAAGAAAUGUGGCUCCUCCAGAAAGCCUGGACUCUACACAAUCAUUUCCCACUACGCUAGUUGGAUUGAUACUACAACUACUAAGUAAAAAGUAAAAAAAAAAAUCUAAUGAAAUGUGGUGGAAUCCUUUUCAUUUCUAUGUAUAUUUUCAUAGGUACAUCUGUGCAUCUUGUUUAAUGCUACAAUAAUAAACACUUUUCUACAUUUAUCUAAA